GGUUGUUUGGCUGAGAUCAGAAUUAUCACUGGGAAAUGGCCAAUCCACUCCGAGCAGAGGUAGUGCAACUGUACAAAACUUUGGUGUUUCUUGGACGGGAGUAUCCGAAAGGAGCCGACUAUUUCAGAGAUAGACUGAGGGCUGCGUUUGCCAAGAAUAAAGAUGUGCGAGACCCAGAGAAGAUCAAAGAGCUCAUCAGCCGAGGAGAAUUUGUGGUGAAAGAGCUCGAAGCGCUGUAUUACCUCCGGAAGUACAGAACUUUGAAGAAGCGAUAUUACGAAACGGAGUGAAUAAACUCUCAUGCUGCG